CGGCGAAUCGGCCUCGUUGUGUAACGGGGGAGCGCGGCGGGGACGGACGGACGGACGGACAGAGCGGGAGAGCAGCAGUGUCCCCGUGUCCCCGCCAUGCCGUUCGGGGCGGUGCUGGCGCAGGUCGGGGGCCUGGGCCGGUUCCAGGUGCUGCAGACGGCGCUGCUGGCGGUGCCCAUCCUGCUCAUGGCCAGCCACAACCUUCUCCAGAACUUCACUGCCGCCGUGCCCCCGCACCGCUGCCGCGUCCCUGCUGUCCCCGGUGCCACCCCAGCACCGCCCGGUGCCACCCCAGCACCGCCCAGUGCCACCCCAGCAUCACCCGGUGCCACCUCAGCAGCCCCUCGUGACACCUUGAGAGGCUCCAACACCGCCCUGAGCUCUCCUGGUGGCACCUCGGGGUCACCUGGUGCCACCCUGAGGUCCCCCAGUGGUGCCCACAGUGCCAGUGACACACAUGUCACACUCGGUGGCACCGUGGGGUCACCCAAUGGCACCAAUGUCCAGCCUGAUGGCACCUGGGGGUCCCCCAAUGACACCUUGGGCCCCGCUGGUGCCAUGCUGGGGUGGCCCAAUGUCACCCUGGGGUCCCCCGAUGUCACCCUGGGGUCCUGCCGGCGCUACGUGGCCAAUGUCACCGGCGGGGCCCGGGCCACCGAGCCGUGCCGUGACGGGUGGGACUACGACCGCAGCAUCUACGUGGCCACCAUCGUCACCGAGUGGGACCUGGUCUGUGCCUACCGGCAGCUGCGGCAGAUGGCCCAGUCCAUCUACAUGGCGGGGGUCCUGGUGGGCGCCCUGGUCCUGGGGGGCCUCUCAGACAGGUUUGGCCGCAAGGCCAUGCUGAUGUGGUCCUACCUGCAGCUGGGGGUGAUGGGCACGUGCACGGCCUUCGCCCCCAACUACGCCUCCUACUGCGCGUUCCGCUUCGCCGGCGGGAUGGCGCUGUCCGGCUUCGGCCUCAGCAUCGCCUGCCUGGUGGUGGAGUGGAUCCCCACGCCGUACCGCGCCAUCACCGUGGCCAUCACCGGCUUCGCCUACACGCUGGGCCAGAUCAUCCUGGCCGGGGUGGCCUACGCCGUCCCCCACUGGCGCUGGCUCCAGCUCUCCGUGUCCCUGCCCUUCUUCGUCUUCCUCCUCUACUCCUGGUGGCUGGCGGAGUCGGCGCGGUGGUUGGUGCUCUCGGGCAAGGCCGAGCAGGCGGUGAAGGUCCUGCAGCGCGUGGCCGCCUUCAACAACCGCAAGGAGGAGGGCGAGAAGAUCACGGUGGAGAUGUUGAAGUCCAACAUGAAGGAGGAGUUGGCAGCUCUGAAAUCCUCCUACACCGUCUCCGACCUGGUCCGGACCCCCGUGAUCCGCCACAUCUUCUUCUGCCUGUCCAUCGUCUGGUUCUCCAUCAGUUUCUCCUACUACGGCCUGGCCAUGGACCUGCAGAACUUUGGGGUCAGCAUUUACCUCAUCCAGGUGAUUUUCGGCGCCGUUGACUUCCCGGCCAAGGUGGUGGUGACCGUGUCCCUGAGCUACGUUGGCCGGCGGCUCUCGCUCAUGGUGACCUUGUUCUUGGCCGGGCUGGUCAUCGUGGCCAACAUCUUCGUGCCCACAGAGCUGCAGACGCUGCGCACGGCGCUGGCCGUCAUUGGCAAGGGCUGCCUCUCCGCCUCCUUCAACUGCGUCUUCCUCUACACCACCGAGCUCUACCCCACGCCCAUCAGGCAGACGGGGCUGGGCUUCGGCAGCACCAUGGCGCGCGUGGGCGGCAUCGUGGCGCCGCUGGUGAAGAUGAUGGACGAGUACUACCCCUUCCUCCCGCCCGCCGUCUACGGGGUGGCCCCCGUGGUGGCGGCCGUGGCGGCCGCGUUCCUGCCCGAGACCCUCAACACGCCCCUGCCCGACACCAUCGAGGAGGUGGAGAACAGGACCAAGCAGAAGCCAGCAGGUGACCCCAAGGAGAAGAUCGCGCUCCAGCCCCAGGACGGGCCCCCCCUGAAGGAGCCCUGAGGGACCCUGGGGGUGGGCACAGCCCCCAGCCCCGGCCACCAGCGACCACCAGCGACCCCAGGGGUCCCCACAGCUGGAGGGGGACACCUGGGUCGUGUCCUGGGACCUCCUGUUGGGCUGGGGACAUCUGGGCAGGAAUAAAGCAGCUCUGGUGGGGA